UAAAUCUCAUACUGGCUUUUAUUCUUGUGCUAGGUGUACAGUAAAAGGUCAAUAUUUAGAAAGGCGUGUAUGUUUUCCUAAUUUACAGAGUUCUAUGAGAACUCAUGAGAAUUUCAUUAAUAAAAUUCAACGUCAAUAUCACACAGAUGGUGAUGUAACUACAAUUGUUAGCAUUCCAAAUUUUGAUGUUGUUCACAACUUUUCAUUAGAUUAUAUGCACAUAGUAUGUUUAGGUGUUGUUAAAAAAAUAUUGAUGUUAUGGAAGGGGACUCAUGGUAUUGGAAGCAGAGUUGUUAAUAAUCAAAAAUUAAAUAAUCGAAUAAUUAGAAAUAUGUCAGAUAGACUUAUAUCAUUUAAAACAUGCAUACCAUGUGAUUUUGUCCGUAAAACUAGAUCCUUGGAUGAAUUGUCACGAUGGAAAGCCACAGAGUACAGAUUAUUUCUAUUAUAUGUAGGUGUUGUUUCAAUUCAUUCAAUUGUGCCCAAAAAAUUAUAUCAACAUUUUUUGUCUUUAAGCAUAGCUAUGACUAUUUAUUUGAGUCCUAACUUCAGAGAUUUAGCUGGAAUUGCUAAGUAUAUAAUGUUCAAGUUUGUUAAAGAUUUUGGUAGCUUGUAUGGAAAUCACUUUAUUUCUCAUAAUAUGCAUGCAUUAAUACAUUUAUUUGAUGAUUAUAACAGUUUUGGUUCAUUAGAUAGUGUAAGUUGUUUCAAAUUUGAAAACUAUAUGGCACAAUUAAAAAAACUAGUUCAUAAAAGUGAUAAGCCACUUCAGCAAGUAGUAAGAAGAUUUGAAGAACGUUCUAGUCUUAUUAACCCUCCUAUAGUAAACCUUAAUAAUCCUGAAAAAGAAACUUUGUCAAAGAUAUUUAAAAUGGAACAUAAUGAAGGUCCAUUAAUAAUGAAAGUGAUCAAUAUUUGUUAUAGUCAAAGCUUAAAAAAUAAUGUAAUAUUAGGUAGAAAAUUCAAUAAGCUUGAAAGAUUCUUUGAGAAACCCAUAAAAAGUGAUGAAAUUGGUAUUUAUAAG